AUGGCUCUUCCAGAUGUCGCCAACGAGUAUGAUGCUACGGAGUAUACACCUACAAUGCCAUUUGGCAUGUUCAUGGAACACAACACCCCGCUUAUUACGCCCGAUGCGUAUUACUCCGGCCAGACGUAUCCUAUGGACGACGUCAGCAACAUCAACUGGUGGGAGCCUGGGGUUUCUGACCCUAUGCUGUCAAGCUACACCGUUUACUCUUCUACAAAUCACAGUACUUGGCCGUAUCCUCAAUUCUUGGCACCGGAUCUCCCAAGCCAAGCGCAGUCUAGUCACUUACAGCCGUCCUCGAUGCAAUCCCCUAUAAAUGAUGGAUCGCCUUUAAUAUCUCGUUCAUCGUCACGGGAACAACCGCACCACAGCAACGGUUCAAGCAUCGCCAGCGCAGGUGAAAGUCAAUAUCCGACUCCACCGCCCCCGAAGAAACGAAAGCUGGGGACCAAAGAACAGGUCUCUUUAGUCACUGCUGGCACUAGGAAUGACGGCAAAAGCAAAAGCAAGGCUUCGAAAGACUACAAGGCCCAGAGCAAGUCCCCAGUUCAGGAAGCUCCAUCACACGACCGCGAGCGUCACAGGCGGGCCUCAGCUCGUAACUGGCAAAAACAAAAGCAGCAGACUGCAGACCUCGAAGAAGCGAUGAAUAUUGCCGAAGCCCGUAACCGCGAGCUCCACCGCGAAUACUCCGAAGUGUUGAGCCAAGUCAUGGAUGCCAAAAACGCACUCAUGGACCACGCCAAGUGCAACCAUCCGGCUAUAAGCAGCUGGCUACGCUGCCAGGCGACUAAAUACGUGCUAAACAAGGGUGCCGCAGUAGACAAGGAACAGAGAGACCAAACUGAGGCGGGGGAGAUGGCGGUGCCGGCGUACCCGGUGGGACAGCAAAGAGCCGCUUGCAGAUGA